AUUGGAGUGCCUUAGUUUAGCCUAAACGCUCAUUUCUACAGCACAGAAGAAGAAGAACACGUGAAAGCAAAGCAGAGUUAGCUUAUAUCUAAUAUACCUAAUUUUCGUGAUAUUUGUAUUUUUUUGUUAUAACCUCACAGAGACAAUGAAAUUGUUAACGCAUAACAUGUUGACGUCGCAUGUGAAAGGAGUAACUAAUGGAUAUCCGCUUCUGAUCAAGGCGACAGAGGUCAAAGUAAAUGAAGUUGAGUUCAACCCUCAGUUUGUGAGCCGAAUGAUACCAAAGCUGGAGUGGAGUGCUUUAGUCAGUGCAGCAGAAGGGUUGGGAUACCUGCAGGACUUACCCAGCACACUUGUAUCAAACUAUGAGAAAGAUGAAGACUUUUUACGCAAAGUGCACAAAGUCCUACUGGAGGUGGAGGUGAUAGAGGGGACUCUGCAAUGCCCUGAGUCUGGCCGAGAAUUUCCCAUCUCAAGAGGAGUCCCAAACAUGCUCCUUAAUGAAGACGAGUCGUAAUAGACGUCCCAAAUCCCAUUUUAUUCAAAUGUAACUAACAGACAGCACACCAUAUAACUGUAAUAUGGGAUUGCAGGAGAGUUCAAUUGAACUGUAAUGAGUUGAGAUGUCAAUCAAAAACAAAUGCUGUUCCCUUAAAACAGUUGUAAUCAUCCAAACCUGGCUCAAUAUCGAAGAAAUUAAUUUUAAUAGACAGUUUCACUGGUCAUGGUCUUUAUUUUCUCAGCUCUUGUUUGGAUUAUGUUCAGUGUGUUUUGUAAUAUACUUUUCAAUAAAACUGUGUUACAGAA